ACCGAAAAGCUGGAGCUACCGUCGAUCUCGCAGGUCCACACCAGAGGUCCUGUUGACAUCCCUUGGUAUAACCACCACGCCGCAGAGAGACCUCUGUUGUCUGGUGACAAGCUUCCGGCUCUCAGUCUCCCUACGGCCUCGCAGGCCAUCUCGGGCCAGUCCUAUCGGGCGAGCUACGACGACGCCUCCGCCGCCGCCCUGGGGUCCAACAACACCAGCGCGCGUACCAGUCUAUCGGGUUCCGCGCCCGGGGGUAGUGAUACCCGAAGCCCGCCAACAUCCUCGACCGACCUCACAACGGCGGCAAACCAGGGUCGCGUUUCGCUGGACGGCUCUGCACCCCAAGAGUACUCGCUCGCGCAGAAUCAGGUUAGCGAUAGUUACUACCAGAAUCCAGCACCGAUCAGCAGCAUGAACCAGACGCAACCAUACAUGGACGUUCAUUCUUCGCAUUUGUCAUCUGGCCAGCCUUAUGCCUCGCAUGCUGCCACCGCUGGGGGUAUUGCUCACUACCCGCAAUACCACCAGCAGCCGCCGGUUCUGCAGCCAGCAUCCACGACAUAUGGGCCGGCCAGCUCCUAUGCCCCGUAUGCCUAUCCAGGCGGCGUAACCUCAUCCCAGCCUGGCCUCCAGCCCCCAACGACAUCUCUGAGUGGCCAGGUUCCGGCUCAAUUGCUGCCCCUACCCGCAGUGACAAGCCAUGCGGUGGCAACUCAAAACUAUGGCAAUUCAACCGGUGCCCCUGCGCAGGGCUUCGUUUACGAUCUCACCGGCCAGAUCGCUCCGCCGGGAUCGAAGCCACGCGUGACCGCCACACUGUGGGAGGAUGAGGGAAGCCUUUGCUAUCAGGUUGAAGCCAAAGGAGUCUGUGUUGCUCGACGUGAAGACAAUUCAAUGAUCAAUGGCACGAAGCUUCUGAAUGUGGCGGGAAUGACCCGCGGUCGUCGUGAUGGUAUUCUGAAAAGCGAAAAGAUCCGUCAUGUCGUCAAGAUUGGCCCCAUGCACCUCAAGGGCGUUUGGAUUCCUUUCGAGCGGGCCCUCGAGUUCGCUAACAAGGAGAAGAUUACAGACUUGCUGUAUCCGUUGUUUGUUCACAACAUUGGGGGAUUGUUGUAUCACCCGACAAACACAAGUAGAACUAAUCUAGUUGUGCAAGAAUCUCAGCAGCGGCGCAUGGAGGGCUCUCAAGCAACCGCACGUACGUCUCAGGGGCCUCAGCCGCCUACUUUGCAUCAUCAUCAUUCUCUGCAAGCUGGUGUGCCGUCGCACAUGGCUCAACCACCCACAGUGGCCUCGCAACAAGGAGGGAGGCCGGGGCUUGACCGGGCUCAUACUUUCCCCACUCCUCCUGCGAGUGCCUCGAGUCUCAUGGGUAUUACUAACUCCAACACCUCAUACGACUGGAACAACCAGGGAAUGCCAUCAGGUGUGCCCAACUCUCAGCCUCUCUCCAUCGACACGGCUUUGAGCAACGCCCGCUCGAUGCCAACCACACCAGCUACAACUCCACCAGGGAAUAACAUGCAAGGAAUGCACUCGUUUCAGGGUCAAUCAGGCUAUGACUCCAAGCCUUAUUACUCUGCGGCGCCGCCCUCUCACCCUCACUAUGCAUCCCAACCGAGUGGCAUGGCACCCUACGGGCAGACGAUGUCCUCUACCCCUUAUCUAAAGAGUGAACCUGAGAUGGGUCCGCCCUCGAGCCGUACGCCGGGCGCACAGCCGGAAGGAGAGUCGACUGAUGUCAAGCCCGAACGGUAUACCCAGAGCAACGGGCAUGUGACCAGCGCUGGAAAUGAAUCGGUUGCGGAGCAUGAGUCGGAGUACGUGCAGCAUGACAAUUCAGGCUACAAUACGAGCCGCGGUUCCUACACCUAUACCACCAAUCCAUCUGUGGGCAGCCUGACCGGAGACCAUUCUCAGCUCACACCCGAGAUCACUGGCUCUCCUACACAGCAGAAUGGCUCCGGAAGAAUGACCCCGCGCACCAGUGGUGGCCCUCCGCCAUGGGGCUCUGGGUAUAGUACCCCCCCGCGCCCUGCGGCUGCCAGCAGUCUCUACAACAUUGUCAGCGACACGCGCGGAACGUCUAAUAACGGUGCCACCUCGGACAAUUACUCAGUCCCUAACCCAACCUCGGGAUAUCCAAAUGGUCUCAAUGGUUCGAUCGGUUCCAACAAGCGGAUGAGGGAAGAUGACGAGGUGGACCGAAUUGCCCGCCCUGACAGUCGGGGCCCCGACUUUGAGAGCAAGCGGCGCAAGACGCUUAGCGAGACCUCUGUCGGAGGGCCUGUUGGCGGUGUUGCUCUUGGAUUGCAGCCCAUGAAGGCAGGGGGUGUCAUGUCUCGUCGUCGGUGA